UAGACAUCUCUGAGGGAACUUCAUCAACUUCAUCAAUCGAAGCACAAGUCUUCAGAAGCGGCCAGACAGGACUGUCAUCUUCCAGAUUGUAUAAAAGAUCGCCACAUAAACAUUGCAAUAUGGUCGCCAAACAGAGAAUACGCAUGGCUAACGAGAAACACAGCAAAAACAUCACGCUACGGGGAAAUGUGGCAAAAUCAACGAGGGCUGCAGACGAGAAAGUGGCAGUAGGACCAUGGCUUCUUGCAUUAUUCAUAUUCGUCGUCUGCGGAUCAGCAAUUUUCCAGAUCAUCCAAAGCAUCAGGAUGGGAAUGUAGUGUGAAGAGACUCCAUUCCACCCCGAGCUCUCAGCAUUCUUCCACCUUUCCGAGAUGGUUACUCCUUGCUGGCAAGCCUGAGGAUCAAUCGUCCAUUCCCUCUUAGAUUAUUUAAUCUCUUUCUCCUCUUUUUAAGUGCCAAGAUGGGUAACCCUAGUUAUCUCUCCCUUGCCCCUUAAUUCAAUGAGGCAUGUAAACUUACUUCAAAAGAAAAUACUUGCCGAAGCCAUAAGUUAUGGGAAUUUUGACAUUCCAUUGCAGGACCAACUUUGCUGCUGAAUCUCUAAUGACUCAAAUCACAUGUUUAAAAAGAAAAAACACGGCUGAGUAUUCAAUCUCACCGUGAUCGGAUUUGUGCUUUUUAUCCAUUUCUGAUCCUUCAGUGAAAUUUCUCAAGAUUCUCCUCUUUAUUUUCAAAGAAGGACUAUGAGAAAUUGUUUUGUGCCUUUCUAGGAAUCAUGUAAUUUGAAAGCUGCAACUGUGGUAUAGAUUAAAUAACAGGAGAAACAGUUGAUCUGAGUUUUGUAAAUCAGGUUACGGUACUGCCCCAAGUUGUAAAGUUGUUGCAAGCAUGCAGCAUCUGACAUUAUGCACCUUUCUAUGGUUCUACAACUUGUAUAAUACCCAUCAUGUGGUGGCUGGUGUAUUUUAAAAUGAAAGUAAGUGAAAGAAAGUCUAUGCAAUAUCUUGAAGGAAAUUAGCUACACUGUGUGUGGUAACAGCCAAAUAAACAUACGCCGUCAGUAAAGUCUUCAAAAACAAAUAAAAAAAUGUAAAUUCA